AUGGCGGGCAACAAAAGGGCUUUGAGCCAAGUAGAUGGCAAUGCUGCCCAAACACAGCCACCUUCCAAACGAGCAUCACAACAAUCAGCAGCAGGGGAAGAAAAUGAGACUGGUGGCUAUGCGAGUAUGAAGAAGCUCGAACUUUCCCAGCUGCUUCAAGAACGCAAUUUGCCGUGCAAUGGCAGUAAAGACGUGCUCGUGCGACGACUUGAGGAAUCUGACCGGAGCCGCACUUCUGUGACUGCAUCAGAGCUUACAUCCAGAGAGGGCUCUGCCGCUGCACAAUCCGCUGGACGUUGGUUCAAGUACACAACGCUCUGCAGACCGUUGAAGGACAUUGCGGCAGAGAAAUGGGCAGGUAACCUGGAUGAUGGUACCCCUGAAGAAUUCAUUCAAGAGAAGGAUGAAGAGUACAAUGAACAAUACGAUGAAGAAAAAGGCGACGCGGAGGUGACAGCUGGGGCCACCAGCGAGGAUGGUCAACGCAAAUCCCACUGUGGCAGAAAGGGUUGUAUUUGCAAGCGCCCUGCCUCUGAGCUUCCUGAGCAUCGGUGGAUACUUACAACCAUGGGGUAUCAGGAGGUAGCUCGCUUACAAUGGCAGGUGCGCGUUCGAGAUCAAGAUGAGGUUGAGGAGUACUUUGGCUCUGAUUACAAUGCCUAUGGGUUUCAAGAAGUGAUGGAAAACCAGCUUCUAUCUUUCAACAGCGAGUUCUCCGAACGCGAGACGGCCUUCGCGCCUGCGAGGUUGUGGUCAAUAAUUGAAGGGUUCGCCUGGCUUCUCAACGACCCGCUACCCUGGUUCCAUAGUGACGACCCCGGUACGACGUUGGAGAGGCUUCAAAUGAUAGGAGGCGCUGUCUUCGCGACCCUGAACAUUUUCGAAAAGACAGGACUGCUGGGCGCCGACUCGCCGGUGAAAAACAUUGGGCUCGUGCUGGGUGUUCUGUACAACAACACUCGAGAGUGGCCAGGCGACCUUGGCGUGUCCGAACUAAGCUGGCGUGGGGCCAUGAUCAGAGAAGCUCUACAGCAUGGCAUUGAGGUCAAGGGACAACCCUAUGGCAUUGAAACGCUGCUCGAUAAGGAUGGCGUGUACGGGACACAAUCCAGCAAAGGAGACAUGAAGUGGAAAAGGGCAUUCUCCAAGAAGCACAAGAGUGGAUCUACGAUUGGUGGCCAGCACUACGUCCUGGCAUCCGCAAUGGAAGUGGCUGUGAUGGACAUGGCCUCCAGUUUGUUGUUGUUCUCUGAAGUCUUGGCAAUGGUUAUCCAGGGUGCAGUCAGAUCACGAUGA